GACAACACGACGCCUCCGUCGCCGUCGCUGCCCUGCGCGUUGAAACAAAUCGAACAUUUCGCAAAAUUGAAAUUGCAAAUCGAUGGGCAUACUUAUGUGAUUUAGAUGUAUUAAGAGUGAAACCCCAGUGAACCGUAAACAAAAUUUGUGUUGCCCCAGAAACUCAGUUCGCAUCGAAUAUAUUUUUGUGGUAAAGUCCAACGAUAUGGAAAUGAACCCAGCCGCAGCGACAGCCACAGCCACAACCCCAGGCGGUGGCCCAGCCAGAAGAGAACGACGUUUCGAGGAUGACGCAUCCACGCCCACAUCUUCAGCUUCAUCUGCACCCACACCCACUCCCACACCCGCCUCCAUUGCCGCCGAUUACAUGCGCAACUUUGAGAACAUCAUACAGCCAGGGAAGGAGGCGUCCAUGACCAGGGAAUUCAAUCCGCAGGUGGCCUACGAAUUCGAGCGCUAUCUCAAUCCGCAAAAGCUCAAGCAGCAUGUCCUGGGCAGCGAAAAACUGCGCUCCAUACUGGAGCACUAUGCGCGCGAAACGCAACAGCCGCUGAAGAAGAUGCAGCAGCAGGCCAAGGCCAUUAUCGAUGAGAUUGGGCUGGACAGGAAUAUGGCCAUAAUACGUUGGUGCGGCAUUGCCAUAACGGCCAUUGGCCAGCGUAUCUGUGAUGGUUUCUAUGUCAAUUCGGCCAGCAUGGCGAAUGUGCGCAAGGAUAUGGGCCGGUGUCCGGUGCUGUAUCUGCCGAGCCAUCGCAGCUACAUGGAUUUCAUACUGAUGUCCUACAUAUGCUACUACUACGACAUCGAGAUACCUGGCAUAGCAGCAGGAAUGGAUUUCCAUUCAAUGUUUGGCAUGGGCACCAUGCUCAGGAAAACGGGCGCCUUCUUCAUGCGUCGCAGCUUCUCCAACGAUGAGCUUUACUGGGACAUAUUCCGGGAGUACAUGUAUGCCCUGGUGGCCAACUAUCACAUUGGUGUGGAGUUCUUCAUUGAGGGCACACGCUCGAGGAACUUCAAGGCACUGGUGCCCAAGGUGGGACUGUUGUCGAUGGCCCUGCUGCCGUACUUCACGGGCGAGGUGCCCGAUGUGAUGAUUGUGCCCGUGAGCGUGGCCUAUGAGCGGGUGCUCGAGGAGCAGCUGUUCGUGUACGAGCUGCUGGGCGUGCCCAAGCCGAAAGAGACAACCAAAGGCUUCUUCAAGGCGCUUAAAAUUAUCGACGAACGCUUUGGCAAGAUGUUCCUGGACUUUGGCGACCCCAUUUCGGUGCGUGAGUUCUUCGGCCAUGACAGUGGGCAGCGCAUGCAGCGAGCCGGCGUGGGCGGACAUCUGCAGAAGCUGAAUCGGCAGGAGAUUGAGCUGAUCAAGCAGCUGGCCAAUGAGAUCAUCUACCAGCAACAGCGUCGCAUUGUCAUCAAUACCUUUAACCUGCUCAGCCUCUACUAUGCCAGCCAGCUGUACGCGCAACGUUCGGCCAACAUCGAUGAGCUGUCGCGUGGCAUGCUGCACCUGAAGCGAAUCUUCAAUCAGCUGGGUGCGCACGUGAGCAUCAAGGCGAGCAGCAUCAAGGCGGACAUCAUUGACGCCGUGGAGAUACACUCGAAUAUUGUGCAAUUUUCGCAGGCAAGGCUACAGUUUACGCCGCUGGCGGCCAAACAGUUGGCCACACAGAUCGAUGUGAAGCGCAUGAAGGCGCAUGCCCUGUGUCCCUCAACCAUGGCCGUGGCUGUGCCCAUGCUGGCCCUGCAGCUGUAUGUGAAUCCGUGCCUUUUCUGGCUGGCCAGACCAGCCUAUCUGCUGCUGGCAGCACUCAAGGAGCAGCGCAAACAGGAGCAGCAGCAGUCGAGCGGCAGCUACUCCUAUGACAGCACACUGUCGGCGCUGCAUUCGUAUGUGAGCAGCAUGGAUAGCCUGUUCCAGCAUGAGUUCAUCAUUGAAUCGAAUCGUGAGGCUGUAGAGUUUGAGACUCAUCUGCAGCUGCUGCUCGAUGAGAAGGUGCUGGAGCUGGAGGCUAGUGGCAGAAUUAAGGUGCAGGAUAACGAGUGCGCUCAUGUCAUACUGGCCGCUCUGGCGCCCUUCCUGUGUCUCUACUACCAGCUGGCUGUGACGUUGCGACAGAUACCUUUCGAUAUUGAGUUCAGCAACAAGGAUCUGCUGGUGCGCGUGCAGAAACAUGUGGAGCAGCUGCUGCAACAGCCUGGCGGCGCCGCACCGCAUGUCCAUCCGUAUUGCCUGGCCCUGGACAAUCUCAAUAUUGCCAUCCAAGCGCUCAUACAGCGCGGCUACCUUCUCAAGUGCCGCGACUCGGGACAGCUGCGUGUGGUUGAUGCGCCCGGCAAGUGCCUGCGGGAGUUGGAGCAGCAACUGCUGGAGUACUGCCAACUGAUGCCAUUUGCACAGUACUCAAUGGCUGCCAACCAGCAGGCGCAGUGCCACAUAGCCAAGUUAUAACUGGCAAUGGCCAACGGCGGCAUGGGCAGCGGCAACCAGCCUUCAUCCUCCACAACACAUUAUAGUACAAUUUCCAUUGCUAUGUUCAUCCGAUUCAUACGUUUCAUUGUCAGCCUGCUCAAGAAUUGUCGCAUCAUUUGCAUACUGUUUGUUUUUGUGAUUGUGGCGCCACUCUGGCAGCUGUUCCGUUGGCUCAUCGCAUCAUCCUUCACGCAUUCCCCAACGUAGGCUUAAGAUGGUCGUCCCGGGGGUUCAGGGGUUCUGAUUGUUGUAUGCGGCUUUAGGUCUAAGAACUUCAUCGUUUCCAAGGAGUAGAUCCAC